CCCGGUCGGGGUCGCGCGAGAGUACGAUUACGUGCGCGUGUGCAUAGCGGUGUGUUUUCUCUCGCAAGUGCAUCUCGUGUGCAUCUCACGGAGGGAGAAUAUAUUAAAGAACGCGUUUUGUUGCGACGCAGCGAGCAAGAUAAACGGGGGAAACUUGAAUCGCGAAGAACAACGACGACGACCAAACGAUCCGAACGAAGAGAAAGAAGACGCGCUAUCGGCGUCUCGGUUGUCGCCGCCGACUCGACCGGGUUCGCGGAGAAAAGCGGCGCGACAAAGGGUGCACGUUAGCGUGUAGGAGGCUGCGACAGGCACCGGCGGAGCUGCUGCUGGUGCACGCGAUCAGGAUGCGAUUGAGGAGUAACACAGUUACGUCGACCGUUUAUCGAGAUCCUCGAAGACGCGAUCUUAGAAUCGAGGACUCAUUUGUCUAAAGGACUACGAAUAUUCCUUUUCGAGGGUGCGCGGAAGUCCUAGAAACGAACGCGUAACGAAGAAGGCAGACGUGAAGGCGAGCUUUGUGGAGGGCCCGGUACCCGGCAGCGGGAAGAUCGCGAAAAGGGUGAAGGGUAAAAGCUUCUAAGGGCAGGUGGGGGGAUGCAGCUCGAAAGGGUGGCGGCAUGGAGGAUGCAGCUCGAAAGAGUGGCGACAUGGAGGAGCCCUCGGUGGAGGCUCUUGUGCAGGCGAGCCUUAUCCUCGUGGUCGCCAUCGCCAUCAUCAUCUCGAAUUUUCUCAUCAUCAUCACCUACCUCAACUUCCGCGGCCCCUCCGAGGUGAUAAACUACUACUUGCUAUCACUCGCCUCAGCAGAUCUUCUUUGUGGUCUGUUGGUGGUUCCGCUCUCGGUCUAUCCGGCGCUGAUGCGAAGAUGGGUCUACGGAGAUAUCGUGUGUCGACUCGUUGGUUACUUGGAAGUUACACUAUGGGCGAUAUCAGUGUACACCUUCAUGUGGAUCUCCGUGGAUCGUUAUCUAGCUAUCAGGAAACCGUUGAGAUACGAGACCGUACAGACGAAAACCCGAUGUCAAUGUUGGAUGGUCUUCACGUGGAUCAGCGUGGCGAUGAUGUGCUGCCCACCGUUGCUCGGCUUCAACAAGCCGAUAUUCGAUCGCGAGGCCUUCAUCUGCAUGCUCGAUUGGGGCAACAUGGCCGCGUACACCAUCACGCUGUCCAUCCUCGUGCUGGGACCGUCGGUCAUCACCAUCAUCUACACAUACGCCUACAUCUUCACUACGAUGAGGCGGGUAAAGUCCGGCGUGCUGAGUCACGACAAGGAAUACGCUACCGCACUAUCGGAAAAUUUGAGCAACCCGAGUCACAUCAUAUCCUUCAUCUUAGUGAUGGCAUUUUGCCUGUCAUGGGCGCCAUACGCCGGUUUGAGGAUAUACGCGGUUGUUAACGGACCCCCGCAGGUGCCGUUUCUAAACUUCGCUGUGGUGUGGCUGGGGGUAACGAACGGCUUUUGGAAGGCAAUCGUUCUCAGCACCAUGAGUCCCCAAUUUCGAUUGGCUUUACGAGUGGUCUGUCUCACCUUACUCUGCCGGCACAUGCGACUUCCGCCGGAGCUUCUCGGCCUCGACGACGACGACUAAUGGCCACAUCGACACAACGUCUAACAAGCGGCAGCGCUUCUGUUGCGUUUUGUUCCACUACAACCACGACGCGUUUUCUAGAAACGUCGCUUAUUUCGUCUCUAUUCAAGUAUUACCUUCGCAUCUUCGGCACCACUCGAAAGACGUUUCCCUCAAACUUCGCGCUCCAGCAACAUAUAAAUAAUUAAAUCUUGCAGCUCUCUUAAGCAAUGUAAUUAGAAGAAAAUAAAAAAAAAAAAAGAUUUAAUUAGAAAACAAAAGACACGAUAAAUUAAGAUGACUGUGCGCGCGGAGAUGAAGACGAAGAAGAGAUCUUGAAUAAUGUCAAAACUCGAAGGUACAAAGGCAAAAAAAAACCUUUAAAGAAAGAUUAAAAACGCAAAGAAACUUGUGACACAGAAGACAUUUUGUAAUUCAGAAGUAAAUAACUUGCACUAUUUCUCUUUUGCUCAUUGCAAUAUUAUAUAAAUAUGUAUAUUGUGCUAUAAAAAAUAAUAGUUUAACAAAGAGAUAGAAAUACUGUAUAUUAAAAAAUGAGAUCUAUAUUAUACAUCGUAAGCAUGUGUCUGAUAAUAUAAGCUAGCUCAAGUAUCACUUAAAUUGAAUCGUAAAAAUAAUCAAAAUUACAAUCAACGUUCAACUUUAUUCAAUUUUUUAUAUCAAACGCAAAUUUUUAGUGUCGUAAUGGCAGCACGAAACAAAAAACAAAAAAAAACAAAAAAAAAAAAAACACGCGAAGUAUCGCGGCGAAAAAAUUGCGAGUGGUGCUUCGAGUUUGCGAAUAAUUACAUUGCCGGCGGAAAAUCGGCACCUCCGUCGACGCGCGUCCAUUUCUCUCUAAAAACAAAAAGAAAAAAAACGACAUAAUCUCGCUUCGCUCAAUCACGCUAGAAUCCGUUAAUUACAGUCCCCGUUAAUCGGGGUGUCUUUUUGUGUCGUACGCGCGAACACAACGGAGAAACGACUUGUUGCUUUUACGGUAUUUGAAAUCGUCGCCUACCUAGUUUACGUCGUAAGACAACGCUCAAAAUAAAUGUCGUAGCGUAUUUUGCGAAGAAUUUCCACUGUUCGUCGUGUGCAAGCAGACCGCAGAUCCACCCGCGAAAGAUCCAUUUCCGCAUUUAAUCUAUUAAUAUGAUGAUCGAGAUAUAUAUUACAUAUAUAUAUACACACACACACACACAUACAUAGAGAAAGAGAAAUUCAGUCAAUUAUAUCAGAGAAGUGGAAGCGUCGUCGUGCCCGUAGAACACUCUCGAUGGAAGAUAAUCGAGUGCCGAGCGUGCGAACUUUUAAUGCUUUUUUAAACGCGCUUCCUAGCCGCCGGCUUUCAAGCUUUUCCUCUUUCUCGUCAAGACGCCGCGGACAAAAGAAUGAGCGAGAGAAAAUGAGAGAAAGAGAGAGAAAGAGAGAAAAAGCGCUUCUCUUCGGGAUCUAGCUGGGCUCUCGCUGAGAUCUCGUUGGCUUUUCUUCACUUACUGGGUUUAGCAGAGUUGCUCUCUCUUCGUGGAAAAUCAAAAUAUUGUUGUUUAAUCUAAUUCUUCAUUCAGAUUACGCGAGUUUUACGGGCAUCCUGUCGCGGAGUAACAAGCCCGCGGUAAGCUUUUCUUAUUCUAAUCUUGUACAAAAAAAAAAAAGGUUACAUUAUACGAGAGAUCGGCUAGUGGCAACACUUUUUGCAUGAGAGCGUAAACCAUUGCGUCCAAUUUUCGCACGUCUACGUGAACCAUGACAACUCGAGGCGCAACUUUCGAGCACGAUGUUUGGACAACCUACUUAACUAUCCAACUGAAGCUGGAACUAGAACCGAACAUUCUGGAAGAAAGCAAACGAGGAGGAGAACGUUGGAGAUGUGGGGAAAAAAAAAAUGCGAUUUCGCAGACUAAUUUACGUGUGCAGAAGAACAAAAUUUUUUUUUUAACUAUUUAAGUUUAUACGCGUAGACGUAAUUGCGUGAUCAGCAAAGCAUGUGCAAGCACAUAAAGAGUAACGCUCUCUAAUUUGUCCCGUAGAGUUUGAAUGUUUUUAUUGUUGCAGUUCACACAAAAUUGAGAGAAAUUUAAGAACAAUUCCAAAUCCCUGUGCAUUUAUUUAAAACAAAAGAAGAUAUUUUUAUUUAAAAAAGAAUAACACGGCAAGAAUUUGUAAAAACCGUUUUAUAUGUUUGUAAACAAUAAUAUUUAGAAUUUGAUCGCUACAACAAAUCAGAAAACGCGGAUCUCUAGUGUAUUUUUUAUCCAAGUUAAAAAGAUUCUGUCUGUGUCUUUUUUUUGCGAGAAAAUAACACAAAGAAAGACAUGUGGACGCGAUCGUAUAUUUGUGGCGCCUAUUAUGCAUUAGACUGUGCUAGAAAUUAGGCGUAGCUGAACUGCCACGUAAUGUUCGCUAAGCUGGAGACGAGGACAAUGCAAUUUCGCCAAUGUUUCUUCGCUACGCUCCUGAGUAAUGCUCGCGUGGAUGUGUGAGCACGUCCUAAUGUUUUUGCGACGGACAUUUACAUUCUGUAAGCGUGAAUCAAUAUGCAAAUCGGUGUCUAGAAAAUCUCUGCUUCUAUUUUUUACUCUAGUGUCUAAACAUGUCUCUAAUUCAAAUAUAACACUUUUCUCUAAUAAACUGAUCUGAUAGAAGCGGUUUCAAUAAAGCCGUUUAAUUCGUGCUAUUAUACAGAAUUGAAAAAAAGUAAUUAACACAAGAAAAAAAAGUAUAAUCUGAAAAGUAUAAUAUGCUCUCGUUUAUUUUAAAUUUAAUAUUUCACGGAAACGUCAAAUCAAAAGACAUAAAUACGUGACUUGUGCAAUUUUAAAUAAAUUAAAAAAAAAAGACAGCUAAAAUGUCGUGAAUAUAAAACUAAGAAACUACAAAUCGAAAAUAUUGUGUAAUAUUAGUAUUUUUCUGAUAUUUUGAUUUUCGAAAUUACAAUGUAACGUCUGAUGAUAAUUAACGUAUAGGCGCAGAUUUUGUAGAUUUUUUCUUGACGGCAAGAUAAUUUAUACCUACUAACGUAACGAGAAAACGCAUGAAAUAAAAAAAAAAUGAUAUUACGUCUUAACUGCACAACGCAAUCAAAGACAACUAUCGACUAUCUUCUAGAGUUCGAGCGUAAACUAUAUAUUUAAAUCGACUAAAAAUGUGCCCGGCUAAAAGAAGUAAUGCAGAUUCGAUUUAAGAUAAAUUUCGAAAGAGAUCUCGUAAGAGAGAGUGUAAUAUACUGUUGUAUAUGUUUUUUCGUAUAUUUAAUGGAAAAUUGUUACACAAGUUGUUUGCCAGUACAAUGAGUAACGAGAUGAUGUGUAUGAUCGCGCUUCAGCUCGACUGUGAUGAAGACACACAAUUAUCACACAACGGCAUUACUUACUUAUUGCGCUGAGGAUAAUGUAAAUAAAACCAUUGAGCAAAAGUAUUAUAAUUUGUCUUGUUGACGCGCAUGCUUCCGGUCCCACAAAAAAAAACAUCUCCUACGAAUUAUAUAAGAUUUCCGUUAUCUCGAACUGCGACGAAUUUUUUAGCCGGGCUCGGCUACACGACGCGUUAACAGCAAUUUCUUGUGAAUAUCUUCUCUUUAUACGUAUAGACUCGCUUGUGAUCCGGUCCUUUCGUCCAGAUCCUUAUAUCGUAAGCUUUUACUUCUGUACUUUUAUCGUCGCCGGUGCGCAGUGGUUCGAGAAAGAAGUUUACGAUAUAUUUGCACACAUACUUUUUGCAAUAAAUAAAAAAUACAUAUUUGGCUCCCGUUUAAUGUGCAAUAAUUAACGUCUAAAUUUGUGACAAACUCUUCCGUGACCAAUAGAUUUUAGCAAUUUUUCGAUCAAAUGUUUCAAUCGGAUACGAAUUUAAUUGUUGCUCAGUCCUGUGUGAGAAAGUAAAGAGAUAUUACAUUAUUGAGGUAUUAUGAAUAUUUUUUUUUAAAUUCAGCAAUAAAAAACCAAAAACCUAGAGCUUGGAAAAAUCAACGGUAUCGGACCUCAGUCGCAUACAAAACUGUUUUUGUUUGACCAUUAAGAUGUAUUGCGCGAUUAAGGAAACAAAUCCCGCGCCACUCCGCACUCGCGAAAUCGCCAAAAUCGAGCAGUAUUACAUUUAAAUUUCUCAGCAAUUACGACAUUCUAAACAUGUGAAAGUCGCUCAAGAAUAAAGUGACGAUUGACAGUCAAAGAAAGAAAGAAAGAAUCGAGAUUCUGUUCAAACGGAGUUGAGUUAUGCUGCAGCGUAUACGUCGUUAGAAAUGAAUUUAUUAGUGACAAAAGAAAAAAAAUUGAGUAAACUACAGACGAGGAGAAGAGAAGAAAGAUGAUCGGGAGCGAACAAGAGCUGGUCCCUGGCAGUUUCCCGGGCGGCCUCCAUUAUUAACGAUUAAUUACAUUUUUGUACCUAGCUGCUAGUUUUGUACUAGUUUUGUAACGUACCUCACACCACGAGCGUGCUGUUAUUACAUGUUUUAACUGAUUGUUCGCAAAUGCGUUCUGAACGAUUGCAAUGUAUACGUUCGCGAUCGUCUUGGCACCGCCAAUCGACUAUUUUCGCGCGGAAUCGAAUUGUAAGCUCGAUGUGGUAAGCCGCGCUAUUCAGACAUUUUUGUUAUGGCUUUGUUGAUCAGUUCAAGUUUCUUUAUGAAAGAAUUAACAAAAAACAUUAUGCGAUUUUUUAAACAAGUAUUUAUAAUAUGUUUCUACUAUACGGCUGUAUAUAAAUUUCUUUCACUACGAAUUUGUUGUAUCGACCGCGAAUGUCAACGUUUUGGUUGUGCUAAACAUUUAUUAGCUGCGGUUAAAAUAUUACCACAUUUGGCAUACAAAAUAGAAAAACGGUGUCUCUUUUGAGAAAUUACAGAUCAGGAGUGCUCUUCAUGGUUUGGAUCAGCGUAAAAUUCAACACGUGACGCAAGUUGCAAUUUUGCCGACCGUAUAAAAUGGUUUACAGACAACAUCAGAAUAUGUGUGAAACGAAUAAAUUGCUAUAUAAAACGACGCAAACGCUAACUGUAUAAGCGAGACAAUCUAACAAAGUUACGUUUAAAUAAUGAUCUAACCAUUUAGCAAUUUUUGCGAUCGAUUGCGAACAACUUACUUGGAUAGAUUAAACUCACAAUGUAAGACAAAAUGUUUUGCAUUAUAUACCGAGAAAAUUGGAGUGUUUAUAUACGCGUUGAUACGAUUGUAUGAAUCAUUGUAUUUGGUCGAGAAAAUGUAAACUCGCGUGUAGGCAAUCAAAAUAGAUUUAAACUGACAUUUUUAGGAUGGAUGCACAUUUUUAAAUUGAAAUUAGCGCAAUUCUCAAUCGAUUUCAACAAAACGCUGUCUUGAUGUGUAUCUCAAAAUUAGAUUUUGCGAACGACAAUACGCUGAUAUAACACGCAACGUGCACCCAUCUUAAAAAUAAUUUAUUUGUAACAGAAACAAAAAGAUAAUCUCAUUGCGCAUACAAAUCGCCGUGAAAGCAAUCCCGAUCGAAGUGUAACGAUGAGUGUACUAGUCAUGACGAUAACGUGAUACGACUUUGAUGGUACAAUAUUAACAAUUAUUGUCCUAGAAAUUAGUUUAGUGAAAAAUAUUCCAAUAAUAAACAGAGAGGGCGUAGAUGCCGCAUAUUUCACUCGAUAUGAAAUUCAAGAA